CAGAUGCGCCAACUCGCAGAAGCUUGCGACGUGGCGACGUUUGGGGUCAAUAAUCAAGACGUUCAUGAUGAAUCAUACAGGAAGGCUGGGAAGCUCGACUCCACUAAUUUUGCCCUCAAGCUCGAUCUCGCGGGCAGUGGAUUACUCGACGUCAUUCGUGGUGAUCUCUUGGAAGGACACGGAGAGACGAAGUCAAUACGUGCCGAGUUGUACAAGCUCAAUGUCUAUGGCAAAGACUCCUUUUUCAAGUCGCACAAGGACACUCCCCGUAGCGGGUCAAUGUUUGGUUCCCUGGUCCUCGUCUACCCGACAGCUCAUCAGGGCGGAACCCUUGUCUUGCGGCACAACAACAAAGAGUGGACUUUUGACUCAGCGCGUAUGGUCUCUGCAGAGCAAGACCCGUGCGUUGCCUACAUUGCGUUCUAUAGCGAUGUCGACCACGAGGUUACACUCGUCACGUCGGGCUACCGAGUCACAGUCACCUACAACCUCUAUUUCUUCGAGGAUCCAGCUCCUUUACCCAGUACAAUCAUAUCGCACGAUGCUGGAGAAGAGUCUCUCCAGGCCACCCUCCGUCGUCUGCUCGAUGAUGUGUCAUUCUUGCCCGGCGGCGGGUAUCUUGGUUUCGGUCUAAUCCAUCAAUAUCCCAUCGAUCUCGAACACAUUGGCUGGCUCCGCAAGGAGGAGGAGAAGUUAGCUGCGAUGCGUGCCAUCGAGGGCCGGCUCAAAGGCAGUGAUGCCAUAUUAAUGAAGAUCUGCAAGCAGCUUUCACUCUCCGUUUCGCUCAAA